AUGUGCAUUCCCGCCGCGACCGGGAGACCGGUAACAUGGAAGGAGUUGAAGCUGCACGCAACUGCUGAGGAUCUGUGGGUGGCUGUCAACGGCAGGGCGUAUGACCUCACAGAGUAUCAGCACCUGCACCCUGGAAGCGCGCUUAUAUUGCAACAUGUUGCAGGCACAGACGCGUCUGAAGCGUUUCAGGCAUUCAAGCAUCCCACGUCAGCCAGGCUGACGAUGCUGAAGUAUGGCGUGGGCUUCAUGGAAUCAGCCAGGGAGAAGCCACGUACUGACGCAGCUCAGCAGCUAAUUCAAGUGCGGAGCAAAAUGGAAGCAGCUGGACUUUUCAGGGUCAACUACUGGAACUACGUCGUUCUGGCAGCUGGCCUGGCGGUGGCCUUCAUUGCUGUCCUGCUCUGCGUGAAGGAGAGAUGGGUGGUGCCAGGCGCUCUUUUACUGUCCCUCUUCUGGCAGCAGCUGGCGCUGGUGGGCCAUGAUGUGGGCCACAAUCAGAUUCUGAGGACACGCAGCCUAGAUUCCAUGAUCGGCAUUGGUAUCACGCUCUUCCUAGGAGCCAGCGUGCAGUGGUGGAAGUACAAUCACAACACUCACCACGUCACCCCCAACUCCAGCGAACAUGAUCCUGACAUUCAGCACCUGCCCUUCUUUGCGCUGUCAAACCAGUUCUUCAGGAAUCUCCGUUCCACAUUCUACCAGGCCACGAUGGUGUUUGACAACGCCGUGACCAAGAUGAUGAUCAGUGUGCAGCAUUACACCUUCCUUCCCAUGAUGCUCGUUGCCCGCUUUGGCUUCUAUGCCAUGAGCACAUUCCACCUGCUGGCCAAGGGCAGGCCAGCCAUCUACAAGCCAUUCGAAGUGGCAGCAUUCCUGGGGUUCUUUACAUGGUACCUUGCCCUCUGCUUCUGCCUGCCAACAUGGACCGAGCGCAUCCUCUUCUUUGUCAUUUCGCAUGCAUGCUUUGGCAUCAUCAACCUGCAGAUGGCGGCCACUAACAAUGUGAGCUGUCCGGAGUGGAUGGACUGGUUUCAUGGGGGCCUGCAGUACCAGAUAGAGCACCACUUGUACCCUGACCUGCCGCGGCACCACCUGAGGGCAGCCUCUGCCUAUGUGCGCCCCAUGUGCGCCAAGCUGGGCAUCAAGUACCACUCGCCCACUUUUUUCCAGGCGAUUGGGGAGGUCCUGGGAGCUCUGAAGGUUGUAGCGAGUCAGGCUCGGAAUUUGCCCAAGGAGCACGUCCUUGUGAAGUAGCACGUAUUCUAGAAUUUGUUUCAAUGCAGCCAAUUUGAUGCUAUUCUUGAGCACGUAGGCCAGGAGGAGUUCAUGAUUUCAUCUCGGCAUGCUUCCUGAAACUGGUCUGUAUGGUUUCUGCGAUUUCCUGUCUGAAGAUACUUAAACUGCUUGCGUUUCCACAUUCGUUCCAACCUAUGAGCACGAGCCGGUGCGAAGGUUGUGCAAUUUUGGAGGUCCCCUUUAGCCUCCAGACUGUGCUGAAAAGCCAGCAGAGCUCUGUGGCAGGGGAAGCCAGCAGGAUGAGCCUUCAAGCUCGCCCACUUCUCAUCAAAUUGCAGGUCCUGAAUUGUCUUAUACCAGGGUUGAACACUCGCGGCAGGUGUCCUAGCAUGCUAUGCGGAGGGACGGAGCACCAAUGAUUUGCUCUUUUUUGGGGGGAGCAGUAUCUUUCUAGUCGAAUGGCACAAAUGCGGGUCUUGCCGUGGCAAGUAUUCUUCGCGUGUCCGUAUUUGCGCUGAAUCCUGAAGAGUAGGGGAGAGACUACGGGUAUUUCAACUUUCAUGGUAGAACAGGGGAUAUCAUUUUUUUUAUGAAUUUAGCAGACAUCCCAAGACGGGAGAUGAAGGCCUGAAGGUCUCCAGCAAAAUUACAACUGUAAUGAGCACCCAGAUAUCGAUAACACUGUUCAAAUUACAGAACACAAAUCGAGCAGUACGCAUGGAGAACCAUCCAAAUCCCACAACAUGGGCCAUGCCAGACAGUGUAUCAUGAUUACGGCCUAUGCCGUUUGUGAAUUCUUGACCUACACAGUUCAAACCUCAAAACCAAAAGGAUUUCCAUUGCCUCCCAACUUUUUUUCUGCUUCUCUGGCACACCGAGCGCCUGACAUGCAGGAAAGAAAUAUACUGCCAAUACAUGGAUGUACAUCUGAACAAAGCCAGCUGCAGAGUAAAGGGCCUAUUGGCGUCCGUUCAAAUAUGAAGAGAAAAAUGGAUACACACUGUGGCAAGCAGUGAAUGCAGAUGGCAACCCUCCAAACCAAGCAAUGCCGCUCAAAAGCAGCGGCUGUCUAAUUGCAUGUGUGCAUCUGACACCCUUUUAUGUACUGCACCUCCAAAUUUCUGCCUUCACCAGAACAUCCAAGCCCUGCUAUGCCUGGUGUGCUCACCACACUUGAAGUAAUGCGCUGUCCUGUGUCGCUGUGACAGAUACCUCAAGGAUCUGCCACCAUACGAAGCAUCAACUCCCAUCGACGCUUGAGCCCUUGAGAAGUUCUUCAAUGUGCCUAGAUGCCACAAGCACAGGCAAGGUAGCUGCUCUGCUGCAGGGAAGUUGCUCACCAGUUCUUCCCAAAGGUCAUAAAAGUGCUGAUUGCAAUACAUGUUGUGCAUAUUGUACAGGCGUGGUUUCUAUCUACCAAAUGAUAUCUGCUCUGCCAAAUCCAACUGAAGCUUCAACUUGAAUGCAAAAUGUGUCAGCAUCAUCGCCGUGUUGCUCACUGUGAUGCCUACCGAUCAUGCCAUGUCCUCAAAAGUUGUUCUGCUCGUCUUGCUGUCUACCAAUCUUUGAUGGUACAGGCUGCCUGGUUGAGACAAGCCUUUCUCUGCUACACCAUCUCAUAACUUGUACAGCAUUGGUACCCUCCCAUCCAUCAUGUCGGGACUGGGAUUCAAAUACAAGAAGAUUUCUCUAUUUGCUACUACAGGCCAAGAAAGAAAAAGGAGCAACACUGACGCCUGGGCGCUGUUGCACAGUCGUACUGACUCCUUGCUUGAAACAGCACCAGUUUACAUGUAUCCUUGCCAAGACUUGACUCUGGGAAGACCAGCCGCUGCCUGGGUGGGCAGCACAUUG